AUGGCCGACAAACGUGACGUCCAGAUCUCAAAAUCUCUCUCGUACCUCCUUCGCCACGGCGCCGAAAAAGAGAAACUCGCCAUCGACCCUCAGGGCUGGAUCGCAUUGGAUGUUCUACUCAAUCACCAUAGACUCAAAUCUCAGAAAGCUUCAGUGACAGACAUCGAGCGUAUUGUGGCACAGAACGACAAGCAACGCUUCUCACUUAAGUCUGUUGAUGACUCCGUCUACAUUUGCGCUAACCAGGGCCAUACGCUCAAGGCUGUCACCCCAGAAUUAGAACUUCUAACAUCGGAAACCAUGCCAGCCAACGUCUACCACGGUACGUUUCGUCGCAAACUUCCAGCCAUUGAGCAAACGGGCCUCAGUCGCAUGCAGCGGAACCAUAUCCAUUUCACAUCGGAUGCAGAAUGGAGCAAACUGGGAAUCCGACCCAAUUGCGAUGUCCUCAUCUACAUAGAUACUUCCAGACUACUUGAUAACGGAUAUGAGUUGUACCGCAGUAGGAACGGGGUUAUUUUAUGCGGAGGCAACGCCGAUGGAGUUAUCCCUGCCUACUACUUUUCCCGAAUAGUCACGAGGGAUUCGGAUGGUGGUGACCAAUGUUAA